UCUACAAUUUUGAUAUCGCUCUCUCUUUUUGGCUGCAAGCCCGAUACUCUCGACCUGGAAAGCAAUUAUUUUCGUCUUGUCCGAACGGCAAAAACCAGAAUCAACGAGCUCGAAAUCGAGCAAACUAGACAGAGCAAUCCCUACCAGCAACAUUUUCAAUUUUUGGUGUAUCAUCUUUUGCAAUCUAGUACGGUCCUGCUCUGGUGAGAUCACGACUAGUCUAAGACUCCGAUCUCAGAAUUUCUGGAUGUGAAAACGCCGCCGUAGUCCUGGCCAAACCCUUGACAGCCAUAAUUACCGCCAAAUCUAUGUGUGGUAGUGAGAUUCAGAGGGUACGAUUUGUUUCCAGUCGUGGAUGCAUAUUGAGUGGAGGAUAAAUGCAUUUGAGCGGGGAUCUAGGGUUUUCGAGCCUGGUCCUUGUGGUAUGCCUGGUCUUUCCGCUGAUCGGUUUCGUGAUUAGACGCAAAUGGCGAAUAGCUGCUGUAAGGAAGGAGGAGAUCAAGAGGCUCCUGGUUUUGGCGUCUGAGGAGGCCGCUAGGGCUGAGCUCGAGGCCUCUGCUAGCUACGGCACCGUUUCGAUUUCGCGGGGUUAUCAUUGCGCCGUUUGUUUUUGCCCCACCACUACCCGAUGCGCUCGGUGCAAAGUGGUUCGUUAUUGUUCUGGGAAAUGUCAAAUUAUUCACUGGAGACAAGGGCACAAGGAUGAAUGUCAUCCUCGAGACACUAUUUUUCGGGGUAAUGAUGAAGGAAAGAAUUAUGUUAAGGAAGUUGCUGAGCAAGACCAGCCUAAAAGGUAUGGUGAUAGACUUGAAAAUGAAGACAGGAAGCUUGCAAAGUCAGUGGAAACGUCUACCAGAGAAUCUGUGUUGUUUGAUUCUAUUAACUCUUCUGACAUUCGACAAGUUAAUGUUGAUGGUAUCAAGGUUGAGUUCUGCGCACAUGAGGAAGAAACAAAUUCUGCCCGUGAAUCUUCAGUGACCUCAUUCUCUAGUUUUGCCACUGCCUCCAUUGGUAGUGAUUCAUCUGAUGACGUUUCUGUCUGUGAGAGUGAUGAUGUGAAAGUUGAGUUUUAUGUGGAUGAAGUUGUUACUUCUGCUGCCGAAUCUUCUGGUACCUCAUUUUCUGGCUUCUCGAGUUCACCUUCUGGUAGUGAAUCAUCUGAUGAUGUGUCUAUCUCUGAGAGCAUUGGUUCACAUGAACCUGAGAGGUCAGAAAGUUCUUUGCCUGCUGACAUUGCCAUAGACCUGAUGACUACUAAUGAUAUGGAUACGGCCAAGCCAGUGUCCCCCAAAUUUACUUGUUUGGUUGAGUCUGUCGAUAAUUUUGCUAAAUUAAAUAAAGUAGACAAGACCAGAUCAGGUGGUUGUAAUUCAGAGAGUCAGUGUGCAUCAAGUGGUUAUCUGAGGGUGGAUGCUAGUGGCAAGAAUGAGGGAUCAGUUGCUGAAGGCCCUUCAUUGUCUUCCAGCUUCUGGGGCAGGACCCUUGAAUCUUUUGAGUCCAUAAGUGAUGCCUGUGAUGAUUCUGCUAUACUGAAGCAUAAUGAAGCUGGUGAUAGCAUAUCUGAAUCAGGAUCUUCCUUGCGCUUUUCCUUUAGUUUCUCUAGAAGUACUCCAUCACAUGCACGAAGCUCUGAGGUGCACAAGAACGUACAAAAUGGUGCCGUUUUAGCGUCCCUUGGAAACAACAAAUCUACUUAUGAAGUAGCUGUAUCAGAAAAUAAAUCUAGCACAAGCAGUCGUUUGUCUCUAUCUGGGUCCAAAGAAGUUAAGCCUUCAUCAUCAUUAAUAACAUCAUCUCCAUCCAUCCUGCAACCAUCCCCUUCUGUUGGAGGGGUUUCUAUGAGUAAGGGUGCUUCAAAUGGCAUAGUUAAGGAUCACUGCAAUCCUUCACAACCUCUUAGGCCUGGAGAUGUCAGGCAUUCAUCAUCUAGUGCUACCAAUAUUCAUAUAUCUCCUAAUUACGAGGAGCAUUCAAUUCACGCUUCAAAAUGUCCUAAUUAUGGGGAACGCUCAAUUCACGCUUCAAAAUAUGGGAAUGUUACUUGCGCAGAGACUAACUCUACCAAUGACUCUCAGGUUAUAAGUUCUCCUAAUGGAAAGAAUGGCUUGAAAACAUCUGUUUUGAAAGUUGUUGAUCAAUUUCGGGGAUCUAAGCUGUUGAAACACAAUCCAGCAGUGGUUGGGAACGAGAUGACUGCUGGAAAAUACAGUGACAAGGGUGUCUUUUCAUAUGAGUUGUUUGUCAAGCUUUAUAAUUGCAAUAAGUUGGAACUGCAGCCAUGUGGUCUCAUAAACUGUGGUAACAGCUGUUAUGCUAAUGCUGUCCUCCAGUGCUUGACAUUUACUCCUCCACUGACUGCUUAUUUCUUACAAGGACUUCAUUCCAAAGCAUGUAUGUGUUUUCGUGCUCUCCAUUUUUGGUGCAAAUCCUAUGAGAAGGCCAAGAAGAAGUUGCAAAUACUUGAGGCUCCCAAUGUUCUUACUAUUGCAUUAAAACGAUUUCAGUCAGGUAAAUUUGGAAAGCUCAAUAAACCAAUUCGGUUCCCGGAAAUCCUGGAUUUAGCUCCAUAUAUGAGUGGGACAAGUGAUAAAUCACCCAUCUAUAGGCUUUACGGAGUUGUUGUCCACUUGGAUAUCAUGAAUGCUGCAUUUUCUGGUCACUAUGUCUGCUAUGUUAAAAAUUUCCAGAAUAAAUGGUUCAAGAUUGAUGAUAGCACGGUAAUGGCCAGCGAACUUGAAAGAGUCUUAGCAAAAGGGGCAUAUAUGCUUUUCUAUGCAAGAUGCUCGCCGAGGGCCCCGAGACUAAUAAGGAAUAGGUUGGCAUCUUCAGAUCCGAAAAAUAAACCUGUUCUUUCCAGGACCAAUGGGAGGAGCAUUACAUCCAAUUCAAAAUCUGCUUCCAGACACUCCCCUGAUGUGCGAGUUGAUGCCAGUUCCUCCAUCAUUGACUCCCCCACAAAAUGCCAUCGCUUGCAAAGGAUUUUAGAAGAGGACUCCUCGAGUGACAGUUCUUCCCUUAUCAGCAGCAACUCUGAUGAGGGUUCCAGUAGCACUGAUAGUACACGGGAUUCUACCGGCACUGAUGAAUUCUCAGACUACAUAUUUGGUGAUCUUGGGCGUGGUUGGAACAGUUCCUGGAGGAAUUCUGAUUCAGACACUUCUUCGUCUUCCUCUUCCUCUCCAAUGUACUCGAGACACUCACCCCUUUCUGAUUUGGACCGGUAUGCUUCAGGUUUUGCCGGAACAAGCAAGUAUAAUACUACUGAUGAAAUUUCGUCAGUUUCCUCUUCUGAAAGUGUUCUGGAGGGAUGCAGAGGGGGUAGCAGGCUGGGGAGUUCAGAAGGUAAGGUAACUGUUCCUCCUUUUCUAAAGUCUGACAGAAAUAGUAGGCAGUGUAGAAAGUUAGAUAAUAGUAAUAAUAGCUAUAGAGAGACUGAUUCAGAAAAAGUAGGAUGGAUUAAUCAUGUAAAAUCGGGUGUAUCCUUUAGAAAAUCAUCCAGGGAAAGAACAGAGUAAAACAAACAUUUUGAUUAUGAGGCGUUGAGUUAGAGGGAAACGCGGGGACUAGGUGAAUAAAGAAUGCAUGACGGGAGUUGUAUGUAAUUGUGCUAUUUGUAGCUGGCUGUGAGUUGAUAAACUAAAAUCAGCAGUCACCAUUUUGAUGAGGUUUUCCCGUUUAUUUUAGUAUUGUGGUAGGUUAUAAAACAUAAGUCGGGAUCUUACGCUGUACAGUGGGAAGGAAACUACCCAUGAAAUGUAAAACCAAAAGGGGGAUGCCUUAUCUUAAAUAAAUUUCUCUCUUUUUUUUU